UAGUGGGGGCUGUGCAAGGCUGUGUCUGCCUGGGGGAAAGGGCACUUGCCUUUCAGUCACACAGAUGUGCCAUAUGGUGUCUUCAGCAGCUUCCAUCCGUUAGUGGUUUUGAGGGGUCAGUGGGAUGAUACACAGGCCCGUAGCACAGGCUCAGAAAAGGCACCUUCUCUUGAGUUUUCCCUUCUCGCAAGUUCUCCUCAAGCUCUCCCCUCAUUUUGCCCACCCUCUCCUCAUCUCUCCAGGGCUUGGCCUUUUGCUGCUCUCCUUGCUCCUGGCUCGAGCUGGUGUCUGGGGAUUUCCAAGGCCCCCAGGGAGACUCCCCCUGAGCCUAGAGGAGGAGUUCAAGGUCAGCCUGCAUCUUGCCAGGAAGCUACUAUCCGAGGUUCAGGCCCAGGCCCACCGCUUUGCUGAAGCUCACCUGCCAGGAGUGAACCUGGACCUCCUGCCCCUGGGACAGCAGCUCCCCAAUGUUUCCCUGAGCUUCCAGGCCUGGUGCAGCCUCUCUGGAUCAGAGCGACUGUUCUUCCUCUCCAUGACACUGCACCCCUUCCAAGCCCUAUUGGGAGGGCUGGGGACCCAGGGGAGCUGGACCAGCUCAGAGAAGAUACAGCUGCGGGCCAUGAGGCUGGAUCUCCGAGAUUUGCAGCGGCAUCUUCACUUCCAGGUGCUGGCUGCAGGAUUCAACCUCCCCGAGGAGGAGAACGAGGAGGGGAAGGGGCUGCCCCCAGGGGCCCUGGACGGCCCCUCACAGACGUCAGCCCAGAUGUCCUGGCCCCAGCUCCUCUAUGCCUACCAGUUGCUGCACUCCUUGGAGCUGGUCUUGUCGCGGGCCGUGCGGGACUUGCUGCUGCUCUCCCAGGCUAAGAACCCAGGCCAGGCCUUGGGGUGCCCAACACUGGCUGGCUCCCAGCCCUGAUGGAGUGGUUUCUCAGCCCCUUCCCUCACCGGUUAGGAUUUCACGAGUCUGGGCCAACAGGACAGCCACCAGCUCCCUGCCUUAGACAAGGCAGGACUCCACUGCCCUCCCUCCCCAGACCCUCCCCAAUAACUUAAGGCCCCUCCAGUCCUGGCUGGGUAUUUAUUUCAUGGAUAUUUAUUUAUUGUUCAGGGAAAUGAUGGGAUAUUUAUUGUUUUGGGACCUGCUGGCUGUCCUCGGCUAGGCCGCCAUUCUGGGUGCCUAAUAAAGCACUCUCACCCUC